GUUUGGAAGUGGAAAGAAAAACCCCAACGAUAUUUCUCCAAAAUUCAAACACCCACCUACGGCUUGAUUCUAAGAUUGGAGAACUCGAGAUCAAACGACGUAAAGCCGUGAGACCGAUCCGACAACCAGCCGAAGGCAUCUUGCGCGCACCGCGCCUCACCUCGAUCAAGAUGUCCGACCGGCAAACCACCACCGUCCUAAUCUCAUCCACACUCGUGGCCUUCCUGUCGGGCUUCAUGUUCGGCGUCUACUCCAUCCGGGGUUACCUGAUCUCGCCGAUGCUUGUCCAGGAGCGGCGGGCCAACCUCGAGGACCCAGUCGAGAGCGAGGAGUCAGAUAUUGACGAGGACGACACCAUCCUCGACCAUGCGCCGAACUGGACCAACGGCGAGGAGGCAGACCGUAGGCAGGGCCUGCGUGCGCCGGCCCGGGCUGCUGCCCCGGCGGCCCCUGCGGAACCGGUUGUUGAUGCUACCGAGGAGUGCAAGCUCGUUCUGGUUGUGCGAACUGAUCUUGGCAUGACCAAGGGCAAGAUUGCAGCGCAAUGCGGCCACGCAACACUGGCAUGCUACAAAACCCUCCUCAAGGCUUCCGCAAAGGCGCCCAACGGCCCUCAGGCUCGGCUACUCAAGAAGUGGGAGAAGUACGGCCAAGCCAAGAUCGCCGUGCAGACCAAGAGCCAGGACGAGAUGAUGGAACUUAUGGGCAAGGCCCGCAGCUUGGGUGUCACGGCCGAAGUCAUCCAAGACGCUGGACGGACCCAGAUUGAGGCGGGGAGCCUGACGGUGCUCGGUGUCGGGCCAGCGCCGAAGAGUUUGGUGGACGGUAUUACUGGCCAUCUGAAGUUGCUCUGAGCGGAUGUAGAGACAACCAGGACAUGCACGGCAACAUUUUGUCCGGCGAAUGGUUCCCUCAACGUCGGACCUUGGGUCUGUGUGGAGGAAUCUGGACAAUGCCCGGAUGCCAGAGCUCAAGUCUGAUGACACCUGAGCUCUCUGUAUAUUUAGGUACGUAUAGGGCCACUAGGUACGCACACGUAGAUGUAUCGGGGACUCUAAUACCUCACAGCAGGUAAAGCCUACUGUAGGCAGAAGAAGACAAAGAGUCCAGGCGCUCGGAAGGGAAAACUCAGACACUGGGAUAGAGGAUAAAUAGAGGCAUUGGGACAUGGGGACUGACAGGAGACGCUCCCAGACAAGUCACGUCGCCGAAGAUAAACCGGGGUAUCAUAUGUACACAUUGGACUAAUCUUUCCUCGCGAAUCUCGCCAACGCGGGCCCCAGCUCGGCCUUCUUCUCCUCGUGCUUCUUGCC